AUGUUUCAUUCUCCCCAACACGACACACAAACAUCUACACGGACACAAAAUAUAAACGAUUCGCUUAUUGAUUUGCAGAACAAUACGUAUCAAGAGGAAUUAGCAAAUCCUUAUGCCAGUCGUAUUAAUAGUGAGAUUUGUGCUACUUCUGUUAAAUUACCGCAAUUCUGGACAAGUUGUCCAGAAGCAUGGUUUAUUCAUGCGGAAAUGCAGUUUAGUACAAAAAAUAUCACGCAAGAAACAACAAAAUACGAAUAUACAAUUACUGCACUUCCGCAAGAAGUAAUAAUAACCAUUUUAGACUUUAUACAAAAUCCACCGGAAAACAACAAAUUUGGGGCAUUAAAACAAAUUUUAAUAGAGAGAAAUUCGUUAAGUGAGAAUGCAAAACUAAAUAAAAUUGUAUCUGAUUCUCAAAUUGGUGAUCGUAAGCCAUCCGAAUUUUAUCGAUCAAUGUUAUUACUUUCUGGUUCCAAUUUUAGUUCGGAUAUUCUUAAAAAACUUUGGUUAAGAAAAUUGCCUAAGAAUAUUAGUGUGAUUUUGGCGAGUUCAAGUAUUAGUGACAUUAAUGAAUUAACGAAAUUAGCAGACAAUGUUUGGGAACAAAUUAACAAAUCAGAAUUAGCUUCU